AUGGCUGGUACCGUCCAACUGACAGCGCCGAAUGGCGUUUCAUUCCCUCUGUGUACAGGCCUCUUCAUCAACAACGAAUUCGUGCCAGCCAAGGCGGGGGGUACCAUCGAGACGGUUAAUCCCUACGACGAAUCGGUCAUCACCAAGGUCGCAGCCGCAGAACAAGAAGAUAUCGACGCCGCCGUCAAGGCUGCCCGAGCGGCGUUCAGGUCGGCCGAUUGGCGUGGCCUGACCCCAGCAGAGCGAGGCUAUCUCUUGUGGAAGCUGGCCGAUCUUUGUGAGCGGGACAAGGAUAUUCUGGCCACCAUCGAUUCCUGGGACAAUGGCAAACCAUACUCGUUGGCGAGUGGGGAAGAUGUUCCGGAGACGAUAGCCGUGCUCAAAUACUAUGCUGGCUUUGCCGACAAAGUGUUUGGCCGGACCAUUGACGUGGGAAGUGACAAGUUGGCGUAUACCGUCAAUGAGCCGAUUGGUGUUUGUGGACAAAUCAUCCCCUGGAACUACCCUCUCAUGAUGGCCGCCUGGAAAAUCGCCCCGGCUCUGGCUUGUGGCAACACAGUCAUCCUCAAGCCGGCAGAACAAACCCCUCUUUCGGCGUUGUACCUGGCCAAGUUGGUUCAAGAAGCCGGAUUCCCUCCGGGCGUGCUCAACAUUGUCAAUGGCUACGGUCGGACCGCAGGAGCGGCCCUAGCCGCCCAUCUCGGGGUGGACAAGAUUGCUUUCACUGGCAGUACCGUCACGGCAAAAGCGAUCAUGCGUGCAGCCGCCAACAACCUGAAAAACAUCACUCUCGAGACGGGUGGGAAGAGCCCACUGAUGGUAUUUGAGGACGCCAACCUCGAUCAGGCCAUCAAAUGGUCUCGUGUUGGGAUUAUGUCCAAUAUGGGUCAGGUCUGUACAUCCACAUCCCGAAUCUACGUCCAGGAAUCCAUCUACCAGAAAUUUCUCGCCGAGUUCAAAGAGUUCACCCUCAAGACUUCAGUGGUGGGAAACCAAUUCGACCCGAACGUGAAUCACGGCCCCCAAGUCUCGAAAAGUCAACACGAAAAGAUUUUACACUAUGUCGAAGCAGCUCAAGCCGAUGGAGCCAAAUUGAUCUUGGGGGGUGUCAAGGGUGAAGGUAGCGGAUAUUUUAUCGAACCGACCAUCUUUGCCGACGCCACCAACGACAUGCGAGCAGUGAGGGAGGAGAUUUUUGGGCCCUUCGUCAUGAUCCAGCCAUUCAAGACGGAGGAAGAGGUGAUUGAAAAGGCCAAUGAUACUGACUAUGGAUUGAGUGCUGCUGUGUUCACCCAGGACAGUGUCCGCGCACAUCGUGUGGCGAGUCAGAUACAUGCCGGGACCGUUUGGAUCAACAGUUCUCAAGAUUCCCAUAUUGGAGUUCCAUUUGGUGGAUACAAGCAAAGUGGUAUUGGUCGAGAGUUGGGCGAAUCCGCUCUUGCUGCCUAUACACAAGUCAAAGCGGUCCAUGUCAAUCUGGGUACUUGGUUGUAG